CUUCCUGGUGAACGUGAGGGUGUAGGUUCCGAGUCCUGGCUUCCUGGUGUGCACAGUUCUUCCUCAUGCUGGGUCUGACUCUCUGGAGGAAGGAGUUUAUGUGAUCCUAGACUCAGGACAGGGGUCCCCUAAUCCAGAAAAAAAUCCAUGAGGUUGGCAAAAUCCAUCUUUGAACAUCCUAAAGAGCAGUGGUUCUCAGCCUUCCUGAGGUUGCCACCCUUUAAUAUACCUCAUGAUGUGGCGAUGCCCCCAAUGUUAUUUCUGUCGCUACUUCACAACCAUAAUUUGCUACUGUAUGAAUCAUAAUGUAAAUGUCUAUGUUUUCUGAUGGUCUUAGGCUACCCUGUAAAAGAACAACUAGACCUCAAAGGGAUUGGGACCCACAGGUUGAAAACCACUGCUAUAAGCGGUAUCUCUGAAUGGCGUCUGGUGGAAAGGUCAAUCGUCUUUGCAUCUAUGAGAAAGAGAAUGAUUUAGUUCAAGGGAUUUAAGAGGCACCAAGAGCUUCUGAGAUCCACUUCUUCCUAGGACAAGGAGAAAAUAGAAGUAACAAAAAGAGCCAUGUUCUGUAUCUGUUCUCAUUGGAUCUCCGGCCCUACAGAGGCAGCACUGAGAAUACCCCUCGGUGUUGGCCAUGCUGAGGCUGUCCCAUCUGUUCUUUAUGAGGGCCGUCACUUGGUGCCAGACUACUUCCUCUGAGUCUCAGCCCAGUAUCUCACUGGUUCACGUAGGGCUGGACCAGUAUCUAUGUGCCUGGCAGUUCUAGUCAUUUUAGUGGUUACUCUAACAAUGUGGUGACCUUGGGUAGUGGGGAGGGGGAUGGGCAAGGUGUUGAAGCAAGAAAAGAUGAUGGUGAAACCCACAGAUGUUACCAAAUGGAUGUUUCCAAUGGGUGUCCAAACUCUCUAGGAGGCCAGAGCUUGGGGAACAGUGAUCUGGCGUGCUUGAUCCGAAGCUACGGGGCCCUGGAGGAGGCUAGGAGGCAGCACGUCUCGUGCUCUGCCUUUCUUUCACUCAGUGUUGCAGAGACAGGCUCGGAGCCCAUGGAUACACAUGCCAGAGCCUCAGCCUUUAACGCAUUCCCAAUUUAGGAGUUCUUGGUGGGCUCCGGUAUCAGCCUUUGGGCUGUGUUAGCUCCUUUGGUGGCAUGUCUGACCUGUGGUCUUUUUCCUUCAUUCCACAUCCCUCCCUGGAGAUCUUUGAGGCUUUCUCCUCUCUCCCCACUCUCCCACUAGGCUGAAUCAUGUCCACCCGUCCACUUCCUGCCUCCUUCUUUCCAUCAGCUCUGGGCUUUCCUGCCUCCUUCCUUCCAUCACCUCUGGGAUCUGGCCUCUGACUCAGCUCCCAGCUCUCCUAGGGGCCCCAGGCCUGGCUCCAGAAUUCCAGUCAAUACCUGGCUUGGGCUGAGAGCUGGCAAGGGGGGAGGGUAUGAGGUGCCCCAGUCCUGGCUGCUGGCCACCUGGGAACCAUGUAAGGUUUGGAAAGCAGCUCUGGGCACGGCAGCUGUCAGCACUUGACUGGGAGCUCUGUGUCUGCCACGUUGAGUCUCCCGAGCUUUGGUUCCCUCAUUUGUAAACCAGAGAUAAUUAUACCAUCCUCUCGGAUGGGAGCGAAUGUGCGAAUGAGCUUUAUGGACUGUAAAGCUGUAGACAAAUGUUAGUUGUUAGCGUUUGAGAGCAAUGCUGUGCACAUGAGCUCAGCUUUCCGUGAGGAUCCGGAAAGUGCCCUGUCCUUCCCUGCCCUUUUCUUCAUACCGGCUGUGCCUUGGGGAUUCCACUCCUGCUCUUCCAGAGCCCUCUGCCGUCUAGACCCUCCAUGCCCUCCAGCCCCUGGGUCCUCAGUGCAUCAUGGCUCCGGUGCCUGCUUCACCCUGGGCAGCCAGAAAACUUCCGUCGUGUCAUUAGGCAUAGCAAGCAUCACAACAGGCCUCAUACAUCAGACUGGCUCCAGGGCCCAAGAGGCUGGCAGGCAGGUCCAGACUCUGCACUGGCUGUGGAGCGAGCUGACUUUCUUACCCUACAAGGCACUGUUUGGUCUCGAGUGGUUGGAUGGAGGCCACGAGGCCCAGAGAGGAGCUGGAGCGGGCAGAACCACUGGGGCAAAGACAUGGACAAUAGAGGGGGUCCCAGACCAUGUGUCCAUAGGUAGUGAUGAUGGGGUCGUCUGGCCAUGGGAGCACAGGGAGUAUGUGGAGGGAAAUGGCACUGUCUUGUGGGAAGACAAUUCUACUGAGCCACUGACUUUACUUACGACCUCCCCUACCCUUGUACCCAGGGCCAUGGAAACCAGGCUGGAUGCCCACCGGGGGUAAUCAUCCCAUCAGAGCCUGCUUUUGAAAACCCACAAGUGUCAAUUCUUGGUUGGGGACGACAGUAGCCAGGACCCAGGCAACUAGAGAAUACAGCCAUUGGCCUGGGGAGGGAGGCUUGCCCGAGCCCUGAGCCAACUUCACCCACUGGGUAACUCUAAGUGGGGUUUAGAUGGAGGGGGUCUCUGGAGUGUGAGGUGAGUGCCUAACUGAAGGGAAGCUUCUGAUAGCUGCCACAUCUGUCCCAUAGCCUCCAUUGAGUGCCUACUGAUGCAGGCACCCUGUCUCUGAGCAUUUGCUUCUGUUAGCGGAGUAACAUGUACCUUUUCCCCCCCAAAAUCUGUCCAUGUCUCUUUCCUUGGGCUCCAUUGAGUCCUGUAUGUGUGCAUGGCGCAUGUGUCCAGUUGGAUGGAGCUAUAUAUGUGUGUCGCACAUGCAUGUGGUAUUCCUAUGUUACAGAUGAAAAAAAAAAUAUGAUCCAUAGCCAGGCCAGGCCAGCAGCCUGGGAAUCUACCUGUGAAUAUUAUUAGCAUUAGCAAUAAGUGAUAUAGCAGUGGAAAUUACUUACUCAAGUAACACAUUAAUGUGUGUCUUGGAUACAAAUAACAACUCUUUGGUGAGUGCUUCCUAAGUGCUAGGCCCACCGUGGAUCACAUAAGUAACGUCUAACUGAACUCUCUGAAGUAGGUUCUGUUGUUGUGUCCCUGUCACUCACUAGUAAGGUAACUGAGACUAGGGAGUGUUAGCAAAGUGUUCCAGGGCCACACCCCUCCCCAUAACCAGCGAGGCGUUCUGCGUCUGUACCGCACCGUGCGGCGCACCAGUCGCACACCGCAUGCAGCAUUCGAAAGUGGCUAGUCCAUUAGGGACUUCAGUGUUCGCACGAUGUCACCUGAUUCGUCGUGCAUGUUAGUGGCCUCAGCUGCUAGCUCCCCUCACCUCAGGAUACUAAGCUAGGGCAGUGGGUGGCUAAACAUCUCUAACCACUACACUGUACAGCCCCUUCCCUGCCACUCUGAAGAGAUUGGGGCCAAGGUAUUCCCUGAGAUUGUGGGGAGGAGAUUGUCCAGGCCUCUAUGAGUAGCCUGAUUUGGGGAGGAGGUGUCUGUCUCCUCUCCUGACUCUCCACUGUCCUGUGUUGCCCUGGUCCUGUUUCCUGAUGCUCUUGGGUCCUUUUCACUGUAAGCUCUGGCACGAGGUGGAGGAAGGAGGCUCAGAAUGCUUGAUCCUUCUGCCUGCAUGCCUCAUGUGUUUGAACACAGACAGACAGACAAACACACACACACACAUGCGUGCGUGCACGCACGCACACAUGCACGCUUGCUUUCUUUCUUUCUUUCUUUCUUUCUUCCUUCCUUCCUUCCUUCCUUCCUUCCUUUCUUUCUUUCUUUCUUGUCUGUCAUGUAAGCAUCAUCUUAAUGGAUGAGUGAUGUGCUCAGUAAGACCGGUGAGGUUCUAAGAGGGUGGAGAAUUGCCCUCCAGUAUUUGGACCAGGAGAGUGCAUUCAUCGUGACUUACCUUAGUCUUAAAGAUUUCCAUGAACUUGUUAGGAAAGAGACUAUUUAUUGGGCAACAUGAAGGCAAAAGGAAAAGAAGAAAUAUGUGCCACCAACCUCUACCUCCUUCUCUUGGUCUGGAUCCUAGGCCACCAAAUGCAUGGUUUCAGGUUCUUCCCUAGCAAUGGCAGUGACCACUGAGAGAACACCACACAGCCCCUGUUAUCCAUUUCAGUGGCAUCUGGACAUUUGAGAAAGCAGGUCUUCUCAUCCAGACUCAGGCCUCCCUCCCUGUUCCCAACUGUCAGCAUCAGGGGUACCUGUAGGCCUUCUCCCCAAGGCUGUCACUUAAAAUGGAGCUUAUCUGUGACCCAGAAGAAUGUCACCUAAUUUAGUAUGGAUACAAACAGCUUACCUGACCCAGAGCAAUCCAGCAUAGUCAUAUGUGAGAAAUUCAACACUUGCCCGGCUGGGUCAGGCUGACCAAGUGAAAUUCUCACCAGCGUUUCAUACAUUUAAAACUAAACUUGAAACAUUCUCAGCAGUGUUUCUUCUUGCCCCAGGGAGUUCUGGGGAGAUUGUCAUGACAACACGUUGAGACAAGUCCCACCUCCAAGCCCAGCCCUUCUUUCUCCUUACUUCUUCUCUGGUGAUCACUGUGGCAGCCAUUUUUAAAAGGGACUGUGCGGGACCUAACAAGGCAGCACAUUUGGCUGACAAAGGUGAAGACCUGGUCACCUGGAAGUACUAGCUAGUCCCCAGCCCAUUCUUCCUUCCCCACAAACCAUGUGGGGCUCUCUUUGGCCUUCAGAGAGAAGGCCAGUUCUUCAGUGGGCCUCCACCUUCUACACAGUAGAGCAUAGGUCUCUCUGGGUGGAGACAGGUGACAAGAGAUUCCUGGUCUCACAUGGUGUUCUCUCUCUCUCUCUCUCUCUCUCUCUCUCUCUCUCUCUCUCUCUCUCUCUGUCUCUCUCUCCCUCCCUCCCCCACCCUUUCUCUCUCAACAGGGUUUCCCUGUGUAGCCCUGGCUGUUCUAGAACUCACUCUAGAGACCAGGCUGGCCUCAAACUCAUAGAGAGCUGCCUGCCUCUGCCUCUCAAGCACUUGGAUUAAAGGUGUGUGCCCCCACGCUGGGUCCUGUUACCACUUUCUUAGUUUGUCAUCCAUGUCCAUUCCUAAACAGGCUGCAGGCCUCUUAGUCUACAUUUUCUGCCUCACAUAGUUUGUUUGCCUUAGUUUUUCUAAAACAAGCUCUAAUUUAAAUACCACAUCUUCCUUCAUUCGCAGAGCCAAGAGUCACACACACACACACACACACACACACACACACACACACGGCCUUUAUUGACUUCUCCCUUGGCACUCAUCCCCUUUCCUGCUCACUAUUCCACUAUUCUUCCCAAAUAUAUCUGGCUACUCUUUUUUUUUUGGAGAUGAGGACCAAACCCAGGACCUUGUGCUUGCUAGGCAAGCGCUCUACCACUGAGCUAAACCCCCAAACCCCCUGGCUACUCUUUCCUAUCAAGUCAAAGUCCCCUGACUACAUGGCUGUCUUUUCCAUACCUUGGCCCUUGAGGCCAUGCCUGGAGACACUACUAGAUAGAUUAGAGGCUGUGUGGACCACAGGACUUGGGGAUGAGGGGAAAGGACUGAGAGAAGUGCUGUCCAGAGAGUUCAAGCCAUGGAAACUCCCUGAGUAACCUAUGGAUGCUGGGGAGGACACCCAGGGUAAUACGGCUCUGUCUGAGAGGGGAGGUUGAGAUGGCAGAAGAAAUCACAGAGGUGUGGGCCCCUAAGUCUUCAAAAGCAUCAGCAACCUUAAGACUGUGCCAGAUAUACAGACCGCUGCUGUAUCCGGUGACCCAAACCUGCAAUCCUAGCUACGGUGGAGGCUGAGAUCAUAAUUUGCCAGGGAUAUAGAGUGAGCUUAAGGCCACCCUAAGAGACAUAACGAGACUUUGUCUCGAAAUUUAAAAACAGAAGCCUAGCUCAGUGGAAAGUCUGCAUAGAAUAUGUGAGGCCCUAAAUUCAAUUCCCAGUACUGAGAAACGAAUGAUUCAAACAGAUACAUCAGCCCAAGUCCAGACUAUAAAUCAGGGACUACAGGGGAUGGGCCCAGAUGGCCAUAGCCCAAGAAACUCUCCAGGCAAUUCCAGUGCUCAGCAAACUUUGAAAACCAACCAACCAAACUGGCCAGUGGUAGCACAUGCUUUUAAUCCCAGCCCUCAGGAGGCAGAGGCAGGGAGAUCGCUGAGUUCAAGUCCAGUCUGGUCUACAGGUUGAGUUCCAGGAUAGCCAGGGCUACACAGAGAUACCCUGUCUCAAAAAUAAAACCAACAGAGAAACAAAAAGCCCAACUGCACAAGAAGCAUUUUGAAAAACAAAAACCAAAAACCAAAUGUUUGAAAUCACUGGCAUGGAGUCGAAGAUCUAGCUCAAAUUAGGAAGCCAGCUGCGGUUAUUGGAAACGCAAGGGCUGUAGAACAAGACUUAGCCCUGCUCUGAAGUUGAAUGGCCAAGAGCUGUGAGAGUCAGAGAAAUCACCUCUUAGAGUUCCAUUCUCCUGUGAGGAUUUGCCUAGGUCUCAAAACUUUCAUGUGCCUAGGAAUCUCUAGAGGGCUUUUGAAAAAAAAUUACAGUUUUUGACUCCUCACUUCAGAAAAUCAAUUCUGUGGGCUGGAUAAGGUCUAAGUAUCUGUAUUUCAAAGUAAGUCCCAAGUGGUACCCAUGUGGGCGGUUCAAGCAUCAUUCACACAGUCCUGAUGUAGAGGGCCUUGGGUGAUGCUAUCUGUGUGCUAGAUACUGGGUGGCCGCAGAUGCUGUGUCUGUAGUGAAGAGACUACAGACAGCUGGGAUGUUAGGCCUGACUGGAUGCACUGGCCUGGGGGAGUUCCUGCUUGUGGGCUUUCUAUUGCCAGUUCUUAUUGAAUGAUACCAGCCUGAAAGAGCUGUCCAAAGGGCAGCUAUAUGAAUAGAGUCAGCUCAUUGAGAGCUGGGUCAAAAGUGGUCCUGUAAUGGGAAGGUUUGGGAGAAAAAGCACCCUGUGCCCUUGCUGGUGUUAUCUCCCAUCAUGAAAUCUGGGUUUGUACAUGGAUCAGGCUUGGAAUGCAACAAAAAUGUUUACAAAGUUGCUUUUGCCCAUGAGGUCAGCACAGUUUGGGAUUCUACAGCUUGGUGACGUACUUUGGGGUUAUGGAGGAACAGAGACCACUUCUUUUCUCAGAGAGUACUCAUCCGUACUUCUCUGGAACCUGAGCCUGCAGCCUGGCAAGCAAUCUGGCCAAGAGGCUUGCCCUAGACUUGCUGCUCUAUGACUGGCUAGCACCUAGGUGCUAUUUCCCUGCUGGCCACCAGGGGUCUCUAAAACAUGCAAAGACCUUUGGCAAUCAGAGUUCAAUCUUUGCCCCGCCCUCCUUUCCUUAGCCUAGGAGCUGCCUCAGCACUGUCCAGCCUGGAGGUGACCCUGGAGCCAGGAAUCUAAACUCUGUAGAGGGAAAUGAGUCCCCCCUUCCAAGGGUUGUGCCUAUGACAUCAGUAUCAGCUGGCGGCCACGCCUCUAGCCACAAAUGCCAUUCUGAUUUCUCUCUCCUCCCCAACCUUGAGACAGUCAGCCUGAGAGUGGGCUGUCCUCUUGGCCCCCAGAUGUCUUCAUCACUAGUACUGCUGGGGAACACAGGUCAUAGCUUGAGAAUGUGGCCCUGGGUGGAGUGAGGGGAUAGAGGAGGGAGAGUGACUUGUGGCCUCAGCUCAACACCUCUGCCUCUGUUCUUUCCAAGCCCCUCCCCCCACCCGCUGGGUGCGAAUGGAUGCUGGUGAGGACUGACCAUUGGUGAGGGGUGGCCCACACUUUCCUAGUUUGGGUCCCUGGUGCACUGAUGGGUGAAGGGCAGUUUGCCAGCAGGGAUCCAGUAGACCCCAUAGUUGAGCCGGAUGCAGGCCUGUGUCCUGAAGUACCUGCUCUCCUGGACUUGCCUAGUGCAGGACCUGGGGGGUUGCAGCCAUGCAUUGUUUCCUUAGGCUGACAAGGGACAAAUCUGGGAAGGAGGGUCAAAGCCCUGACAGUUCUUUGGUUCUCUGUGUCUGAAAGAGCUGGUUGUGGCUUGUUCUAGGGUUUAAGGCUGGCUAGUUAGGUAUUCCCAGGUCAGGAAUCUUGUUGGUUUGGGCAAAGCAUGAUGCUUCCUAUAGUGUAUCGUCAACACUUACAGCCCAGGCAGGGAUAUUAAAUGCCUCAGUGCAGUGCCAUCCCACCCUUAUGCCCCUCUGAAGACUGGGGUGCCCACACCUGGAGUCCAGGCCCUACUGAUGGGCUCAGCUCUUGUCAGUGUCCCAAGCUGUAAGGAGAGGAAAGGCAGACAGCCGGCUGCUUGGAAUGAGCCGAGGCUAAAUUCAGCUGGUCUGGGCUCUGCCCCUCCCCCAUUCUCAUUCCACCACUCCAGGGGCUGCUCCCAUGGUCUCAGCAGGCACCACCUUCCCAGCCAGCGCCUGCCUGCUGCCCGGUCUCUUGCUGGCCACCCCCACCUACUCCCCCCUUCCCAGGCUCACUUCCCCUCCCCCAGGGCUGGCUCAGUGCGGGGCCUCAGCUGGGUCAGCGAGUGAGUGGGGCUGGGCAGGCUGAUCGCCUGUUCCCUGGGGAGCUAAGGCCAGUGGGCAGUGGGCAAGAGGGCCUGGUGCCAAGGCAGAGACUUAAGGAAGGUGCAGACGGGGUCCGUUUGCACAGCCUCAGGGCGCGUCCACAUCCCCCUUCAGCAGCCCAAUCACCUCUGAUGAGGAGUACCUGAGCCCCCCAGAGGAGUUCCCAGAACCUGGGGAGACCUGGUCCCGAACCCCUACCAUGAAGCCCAGUCCCAGCCAGGAUCGAGAUUCCUCUGACUCUUCCUCCAAGGCACCCCCAACCUUCAAGGUCUCACUCAUGGACCAAUCAGUGAGAGAAGGUCAAGAUGUCAUUAUGAGCAUCCGCGUGCAGGGGGAGCCCAAGCCUGUGGUCUCCUGGCUGAGGAAUCGGCAGCCUGUGCGCCCAGACCAGCGGCGCUUUGCAGAGGAGGCCGAGGGUGGGCUCUGCCGGUUGAGGAUCCUGGCUGCUGAGAGGGGAGAUGCUGGUUUCUACACUUGCAAGGCGGUCAACGAAUAUGGCGCUCGGCAGUGUGAGGCCCGCCUGGAGGUCCGAGCACACCCUGAAAGCCGGUCCCUGGCCGUGCUGGCCCCCCUGCAGGACGUGGACGUGGGGGCCGGGGAGAUGGCGCUGUUUGAGUGCCUGGUGGCAGGUCCAGCUGACGUCGAGGUGGACUGGCUGUGCCGUGGCCGCCUGCUGCAGCCUGCGCUGCUCAAAUGCAAGAUGCAUUUUGAUGGCCGCAAGUGCAAGCUGCUGCUGACCUCUGUGCAUGAGGACGACAGCGGUGUCUACACUUGCAAGCUGAGCACAGUCAAAGAUGAACUGACCUGCAGUGCCCGGCUGACGGUCCGGCCAUCGCUGGCGCCUCUGUUCACCCGGUUACUGGAAGAUGUGGAGGUGCUAGAAGGCCGUGCUGCCCGCCUGGAUUGCAAGAUCAGCGGCACCCCGCCUCCCUCUGUUACCUGGACUCAUUUUGGCCACCCUGUAAAUGAGAGUGAAAACUUGCGGCUGCGGCAGGAUGGGGGGCUACACUCACUGCACAUUGCCCGGGUGGGCAGCGAGGACGAGGGACUCUAUGAAGUCAGUGCCACCAACACUCAUGGCCAGGCCCACUGCUCUGCCCAGCUGUAUGUGGAGGAGCCUCGGACAGCGGCCUCUGGCCCCAGCUCGAAGCUGGAGAAGAUGCCAUCUAUCCCUGAGGAGCCGGAGCAUGGAGAUCUAGAGAGGCUGUCUAUUCCUGACUUCCUGCGGCCACUGCAAGAUCUGGAAGUGGGACUAGCUAAGGAAGCCAUGCUGGAGUGCCAAGUGACCGGCCUGCCCUAUCCCACCAUCAGCUGGUUCCACAAUGGCCACCGCAUUCAAAGCAGUGACGACCGACGCAUGACACAGUACAGGGAUAUACAUCGCCUGGUGUUCCCAGCUGUGGGGCCUCAGCACGCUGGUGUCUACAAGAGUGUCAUCGCCAACAAGCUGGGCAAAGCAGCCUGCUAUGCCCAUCUCUAUGUCACAGAUGUGGUUCCAGGCCCUCCAGAUGGCGCUCCGCAAGUAGUGGCUGUGACCGGAAGGAUGGUCACACUCUCAUGGAACCCACCCAGGAGUCUGGACAUGGCUAUUGACCCAGAUUCCCUGACAUACACAGUGCAGCACCAGGUGUUGGGCUCGGACCAGUGGACAGCACUGGUCACGGGCCUGCGGGAGCCUGAGUGGGCAGCCACGGGGCUGAAGAAGGGGCUCCAUCACAUCUUCCGGGUCCUCAGCUCCAGCGGCAAGAGCAGCAGCAAACCCUCAGCACCAUCGGAACCUGUACAGCUGUUAGAGCACGGCCCACCCCUGGAAGAGGCACCUGCCGUGCUGGACAAGCAGGACAUUGUGUAUGUGGUAGAGGGCCAGCCUGCCUGUGUCACCGUCACUUUUAACCAUGUGGAGGCCCAGGUUGUCUGGAGGAGCUGCCGGGGAGCCCUCCUGGAGCCGCGCACGGGUGUGUAUGAACUGAGUCAGCCAGAUGACGACCAAUAUUGCCUUCGGAUCUGCCGGGUGAGCCGACGAGACCUGGGACCCCUUACUUGCAGUGCCCGAAACCGCCAUGGCACAAAGGCCUGCUCGAUCACCCUAGAGCUGGCAGAGGCACCUCGGUUUGAGUCUAUCAUGGAAGAUGUGGAGGUGGGGCCUGGAGAAACCGCUCGCUUUGCUGUGGUGGUUGAGGGGAAACCACUGCCGGACAUCAUGUGGUACAAGGAUGAGGUGCUGCUGGCCGAGAGCAAUCAUGUGAGCUUCGUGUACGAAGAGAACGAGUGCUCCCUGGUGGUGCUCAGUGCAGGAAGCCAGGAUGGAGGCGUCUAUACCUGUACGGCCCGGAACCUGGCAGGCGAAGUCUCCUGCAAGGCAGAGCUGUCUGUGCACUCAGCUCAGACAGCCAUGGAGGUCGAAGGGGUCGGAGAGGAUGAGGAGCACCGAGGAAGAAGACUUAGCGACUACUAUGACAUCCACCAAGAGAUCGGCAGAGGUGCCUUCUCCUACCUGCGGCGGGUAGUGGAGCGGAGCUCUGGCCUGGAGUUUGCAGCCAAGUUCAUCCCUAGUCAGGCCAAGCCUAAAGCAUCAGCGAGACGCGAGGCCCGGUUGCUGGCCCGACUCCAGCAUGACUGUGUGCUCUACUUCCACGAAGCCUUCGAAAGGCGCAGGGGACUUGUCAUAGUCACCGAGCUCUGCACAGAAGAGCUUCUAGAGCGCAUGGCCAGGAAGCCCACCGUGUGUGAGUCUGAGACUCGGACUUAUAUGCGCCAAGUGCUAGAGGGGAUAGGCUAUCUGCAUCAGAGCCAUGUGCUGCACCUGGAUGUCAAGCCGGAGAACCUGCUGGUGUGGGAUGGUGCCGGGGGUGAGGAGCAGGUGCGCAUCUGUGACUUCGGGAACGCCCAGGAACUCACUCCGGGAGAACCCCAGUACUGCCAGUUUGGCACGCCAGAGUUUGUUGCGCCUGAGAUUGUCAACCAGAGCCCUGUGUCUGGAGUCACUGACAUCUGGCCCGUGGGCGUCGUUGCCUUCCUCUGUUUGACGGGUAUCUCCCCAUUUGUUGGAGAGAACGACCGGACAACACUCAUGAAUAUCCGAAAUUACAACGUGGCAUUUGAAGAGACUACGUUCCUGAGUCUGAGCAGGGAGGCCCGGGGCUUCCUUAUCAAAGUGCUGGUGCAGGAUCGACUGAGACCUACUGCAGAAGAGACUCUGGAACAUCCUUGGUUCAAAACAGAAGCAAAGGGUGCAGAGGUGAGCACAGACCACCUGAAGCUCUUUCUGUCACGGAGGAGGUGGCAGCGCUCUCAAAUCAGCUACAAGUGCCACCUGGUGCUGCGACCCAUUCCGGAACUGCUACGGGCACCCCCGGAGCGGGUGUGGGUGGCCAUGCCUAGAAGACAACCCCCGAGUGGGGGACUUUCAUCCUCUUCAGACUCAGAAGAGGAAGAAUUGGAGGAACUUCCCUCAGUACCCCGCCCCCUGCAGCCUGAGUUCUCAGGUUCUCGGGUAUCCCUCACCGACAUCCCCACCGAAGAUGAGGCUCUGGGGACCCCGGAAGCUGGGGCUGCCACCCCCAUGGACUGGCAAGAGCAGGGAAGGGCUCCCUCUAAGGACCAGGAGGCCCCCAGCCCUGAGGCACUCCCCUCUCCAGGCCAGGAGUCCCCUGAUGGGCCUAGCCCCAGGCGGCCAGAACUCCGUAGGGGCAGCUCUGCUGAGAGCGCCCUGCCCCGGGUCGGGUCGCGGGAGCCGGGCCGGAGCCUGCACAAAGCAGCAUCGGUGGAGCUGCCGCAGCGCAGGAGCCCCAGCCCGGGUGCCACUCGCCUGACUCGGGGAGGCCUGGGUGAGGGCGAGUAUGCCCAGAGGCUGCAGGCCCUGCGUCAGCGGCUGCUGAGGGGAGGCCCGGAGGAUGGCAAGGUCAGCGGUCUCAGGGGACCCCUGCUGGAGAGCCUGGGGGGCCGAGCACGGGAUCCCAGGAUGGCGCGGGCUGCCUCCAGUGAGGCUGCACCCCACCACCAGCCCCCUCCCGAGUCCCGCGGCCUGCAAAAGAGCAGCAGCUUCUCUCAGGGUGAGGCAGAGCCCCGGGGUCGGCACCGCCGAGCGGGGGCACCCCUCGAAAUCCCCGUAGCUAGGCUUGGGGCCCGUAGGCUGCAGGAGUCUCCCUCCUUAUCUGCCCUUAGUGAGACCCAGCCACCGAGUCCUGCGUUGCCCAGCGCCCCCAAACCCAGUAUCACCAAGUCUCCGGAACCUUCCGCUGCCACAUCCAGAGACUCUCCCCAGCCCCCAGCACCUCAGCCUGUCCCAGAAAAGAUCCCAGAGCCCAAACCAGAACCAGUCCGAGCUGCCAAACCAGCACAACCCCCUUUGGCUCUGCAAAUGCCAGCGCAGUCUCUCACCCCCUAUGCCCAGAUCAUGCAGUCGCUCCAGCUGUCCAGUCCCACCCUGUCCCCACAGGUGCCUCCAUCAGAGCCCAAGCCCCACGCGGCUGUGUUUGCCAGGGUGGCUUCUCCGCCGCCCGGAGCCUCUGAGAAGCGCGUGCCUUCGGCCAGAAUUCCCCCAGUGCUAGCCGAGAAAGUCCGAGUCCCCACGGUGCCCCCCAGGCCAGGCAGCAGCCUCAGCGGUAGCAUCGAGAACCUCGAGUCAGAGGCCGUGUUCGAGGCUAAGUUUAAGCGUAGCCGCGAAUCGCCACUGUCGCGGGGCCUGAGGCUACUAAGCCGCUCGCGCUCAGAGGAGCGCGGUCCCUUCCGUGGGGCGGAGGACGAUGGCAUAUACCGGCCCAGCCCGGCGGGAACGCCGCUAGAGCUGGUGCGACGGCCGGAGCGCUCGCGCUCGGUGCAGGACCUCAGGGUAGCCGGAGAGCCAGGCCUUGUGCGUCGCCUUUCGCUGUCCCUGUCGCAGAAGCUGCGGCGGACACCGCCCGGGCAGCGACACCCUGCGUGGGAGUCCCGCAGUGGAGAUGGAGAGAGCUCCGAGGGCGGCAGCUCAGCUCGGGGUUCCCCGGUGCUGGCGGUGCGCAGGAGACUCAGCUCCACGCUGGAGCGUCUGUCCAGCCGUUUGCAGCGCAGCGGCAGCAGCGAGGACUCCGGGGGCGCCUCGGGUCGCAGCACGCCGCUGUUUGGACGGCUACGCAGGGCUACUUCCGAAGGGGAGAGCCUGCGACGCCUCGGUGUUCCGCACAAUCAGCUGGCUUCGCAGACUGGUGCCACCACACCGUCCGCUGAGUCUCUGGGCUCAGAGGCCAGCGGCACAUCGGGUUCCUCAGCUCCAGGGGAAAGCCGAAGCCGGCACCGGUGGGGCCUUUCCAGGCUGCGCAAGGACAAGGGCUUAUCGCAGCCAAACCUCUCCGCCAGUGUCCAAGAGGACUUGGGUCACCAGUAUGUGCCCAGUGAGUCAGAUUUCCCCCCAGUCUUCCACAUCAAACUCAAGGACCAGGUGCUGUUGGAGGGGGAAGCAGCUACCCUGCUCUGCCUACCAGCAGCCUGCCCAACACCCCGCAUCUCCUGGAUGAAAGAUAAGCAGUCCCUGCGGUCAGAGCCCUCGGUGGUCAUUGUGUCCUGCAAAGAUGGUCGGCAGCUGCUGAGCAUACCCCGGGCUAGCAAGCGGCAUGCUGGGCUCUAUGAGUGCUCAGCGACCAACGUCCUAGGCAGCAUUACCAGCUCCUGUACUGUGGCAGUGGCCCGCACCCCAGGAAAGCUGGCUCCUCCAGAGGUGCCCCAGACCUACUGUGACACGGCGCUGGUGCUGUGGAAGCCGGGAGACAGUCGGGCACCUUGCACGUAUACUCUGGAGCGGCGGGUAGAUGGGGAAUCCGUCUGGCACCCUGUGAGCUCAGGCAUCCCCGACUGUUACUACAAUGUGACUCAGCUGCCUGUUGGUGUGACUGUGAGGUUCCGGGUGGCCUGUUCCAAUCGUGCUGGGCAGGGGCCCUUCAGCAACCCUUCUGAGAAGGUCUUCAUCCGAGGCACUCAAGAUUCUCCAGCUCAGUCAGCUGCUGCUCCCCGAGAUGCCCCUGUUACCUCAGGGCCAACUAGGGCCCCACCGCCUGACUCUCCUACCUCACUGGUCCCUACCCCGCCUCUUGCUCCCCAAGUCUCCCAGGCAUCCACACUCAGCCCUUCAACCUCCUCCAUGUCUGCCAACCAGGCCUUGUCCUCUCUCAAGGCUGUGGGUCCACCACCCGCAACCCCUCCACGAAAGCACAGGGGGCUUCUGGCCACCCAGCAAGCAGAGCCAUCCCCACCCAGUAUCCUGGUCACCCCAAGUGAACACAAGUCUUUUGUCCCUGACACUGGAACCCUGACCCCAACCUCUAGUCCUCAAGGGGUCAAACCAGCACCUUCCUCAAGUUCCUUGUAUAUGGUGACUUCCUUCGUGUCUGCACCUCCAGACCCCCAGCCCCCAGCCCCUGAGCCCCCUCCCGAGCCCACCAAGGUGACUGUUCGAAGCCUCAGCCCAGCCAAGGAGGUGGUCAGCUCCCCAACACCUGAGAGCACCACUCUUCGACAGGGCCCUCCUCAGAAACCCUACACCUUCCUUGAGGAGAAGGCCAGGGGCCGCUUUGGCGUUGUGCGGUCAUGCCGGGAGAAUGCUACAGGCCGAACGUUCGUUGCUAAGAUCGUGCCGUAUGCUGCCGAGGGCAAGCGACGAGUGCUGCAGGAAUAUGAGGUGCUUCGGACACUGCACCACGAGAGGCUCAUGUCCCUGCACGAGGCCUACAUCACCCCUCGGUACCUUGUGCUUAUCGCCGAGAGCUGUGGCAACCGGGAACUUCUCUGUGGGCUCAGCGACAGAUUCCGGUAUUCAGAAGAUGAUGUGGCCACCUAUGUGGUGCAGCUGCUACAAGGCCUGGACUACCUCCAUGGCCGCCAUGUGCUGCACCUGGACAUCAAGCCGGACAAUCUACUCUUGGCCGCUGAUAAUGCCCUUAAGAUUGUGGACUUCGGCAGUGCUCAGCCCUAUAACCCUCAGGCCCUGAAGCCGCUUGGCCACCGCACAGGCACUCUAGAGUUCAUGGCUCCUGAGAUGGUAAGGGGAGACCCCAUCGGCUCUGCCACGGAUAUCUGGGGAGCGGGUGUGCUCACCUACAUCAUGCUUAGUGGGUACUCCCCAUUCUAUGAGCCAGAUCCCCAGGAAACAGAGGCUCGGAUUGUUGGGGGUCGCUUUGAUGCCUUCCAGCUGUACCCUAACACCUCCCAGAGUGCCACCCUCUUCUUGAGAAAGGUCCUCUCAGUACAUCCCUGGAGCCGGCCCUCCCUGCAGGACUGCUUGGCCCACCCAUGGCUGCAGGAUGCCUACUUGAUGAAGCUGCGCCGCCAGACACUCACCUUCACCACCAACCGGCUCAAGGAAUUCCUGGGCGAGCAGCGUCGACGUCGGGCUGAGGCUGCUACCCGUCACAAGGUGCUGCUCCGCUCCUACCCUGGCAGCCCCUAGGUGGCAUGGACCACAGCCCGGCCACGGGCUUCAACCUUGGGUUCUCACUCAACGCUGCCAAGGGACAUUCCAGAACCCGUGCCGAGCUGGACGGGCGGGGGCUUCAGAUACCAGCAGCGGCAACAUCUGGCUGGGCUAUUACCUCAUGGACCUAAGAGGACAAGGCCCUGGGGCUUCAGCCGGAUGUCACCCGGCCACAACCAGAGCAGGAGACCCACUGGCCAGGCUGGGCAAGGGUGAGAGCAGAAAGAGGCAAGGAAGGAGUUGGGACGUGAAGAAGGAAGGGAGUUGGGGAGUACAGGAAGGGAGGAGCUUGAGGAAGGUUCUGGGCUGGAGUUGGAGUGCUAUAUCUCAGGGAGAACCCAGAGGAGGACAUGGCUAAAGAGGAAGCAGGGUCCUGUGAUGUGGGAGUAUGUUGGAGAGGAGGACAAGACAGGAGCCAGAGCAGAGACAUGAGGGAGAGCAGACAGGUGGAAGGCAACAGGAGUGGGCUCAGGGGUGGCAGGGCAGGCCAGCGGCUGCAUCUUCAGAUAGAGCAAGGAGGGGCUGGAGAGAUGGCUCAGUGGAUAAGAGCACAGACUGCUCUUCCAGAGGUCCUGAGUUCAAUUUACAACAACCACAUGGUGGCUCAUAACCAUCUGUAAUUAGAUCUCAUGCCCUCUUCUGGUGUGUCUGAAGAGAGCAACAGUGUACUCACAUACAAAAUAAAUAAAUUAAUCAAUUAAAAUUAAAAAAGAAAAAGAAAAGAAAGAGCAAGGAGAAAGGCAAAGAGACAUGUGCCUGAGGCCACUGCGGCUGGUCUCCUGUCCCAGCCGACGCAGUUCUGGGCAUUCUACACUGGCCCAGGGCUGUUCUCACUGCUUCUCCAUGGCCUUUGCCCUCCUUCCCGUUUGUAUUUAUUUAUUUAUUGCCUUUUGUGGAGUUUCCUUUCUAUCCAAUCCCUAUUGCCUAUGUUGUCCCGACCAUCCCCUCAGCCAUCCAGCCGUCUGUGCAGCUCUCUGUCUGUCUGUCACAAGGAAAAUAAAAAACAGCAAGUGGCAGGA